AUGUUUUGCAUGUUAUUAUACCAUGGUGGAAAAUUUACUUAUUUUCCUAGAAGAAAGUAUGUAAACGGAAAGAGACAUUAUGUCGAGUUACUAGAUAUAGAGUCUUUCUGGGUUCACGAUAUUGAUGAUAUGAUGGUGAAACUUGGGCAUAUCAAUGAAUGCCUACCUAUAGAGAUGUACUAUCAUUCUCAAAGGCCACCUUGUGAUGUGAAUUUUAGCUUGUUCACUUUAGCUUCUGAUGAUGAUGUAAGGAAUUUAGCAAAAUAUGUUGGUCAACAUAAGCUAAUAGAGGUGUCUACAGAGCAUGGGAAAACAAAAUUACAUACAAACUCAAUGCCCCCAACCUAUGUAAGGUACAAAUAG